AAAGAAGAAGAAGACAGUCACGUUUUCAAGAUGGCUGCCUCCAUCUCAGGAUUACUAAAACCUUGGACACCGAGAGUGCUCUUGGUGAGAUGGAGUAGAUACAACCCUUACUAUCUGGAGCCAGAGGUCAGGAAAGAGGCCUACAGCCGUCCAGAGAGCGAGCUGAGUGCCGAGGAGAAGGAGGAGCGCGAGAUGAAAAUACUUCGACCCAUCAAAGCUGCUACCAAUUCAAUGACGAGCUCCGUUUUCAACGACCCUGUCGUCAGUAAAUUCAUCAACAUGAUGAUGAAACACGGACAGAAGACUUUGGCCAGAGAGAUUAUGAUGCAGACGCUGGAAAAUAUAAAGAGGAAGCAGGUGGAGAAAUACCACAAAGCUACAGAUGGGCAAAAGGAUGGGAUUGAAUGUAAUCCCUACAUCAUUUUUCACCAGGCCUUGGAGAACUGCAAGCCUAUCGUUGCUCUGACCAGCAUUCAGAGAGGUGGAAAAUACUAUCAAGUGCCAGUCCCGCUUACGGGCCACCGCCAGCGCUACCUGGCCAUGAAGUGGAUGAUCACCGAGUGCAGGGAAAACAAACACAGGCGCACGCACAUGUAUGAAAAGCUCUCCCAGGAGCUGCUCGCCGCUUUCGAAAAGGAGGGCAACGUCAUCAAGAAGAAGCUCGAGCUGCACAAGAUGGCCGAGGCCAACAGAGCCUACGCCCACUACCGCUGGUGGUAGACGGAAAGCAGUGCUGGACUCAACAUGCCUUGAAGAUUGACAAGGUCCUGUUGUAAAUAGGGAAUAUUUCUCGAGAUGGGACAGUGGGCAGGAGACCAGAGUGCGACUCACCGAUGGGAUUUUGUAGAAAAGGAACUGAAUCGUGAGUCAAACCUCUGCUGAAUUGUUUGACAACAAAUGUGACCGAAGUGAGAAAACAGUUUAAGGAUUUAUUUAAAACAAAUAUGUUUAAUAUGCAACACAACAAGUAGAAAAACAGAACAGAGAAAUGUAAAAGUAUUGCCACUUUGUAGGAAAAUACCAAAAUAAACUGCUGUCAGGCCUGUGGCCUGUCCUGUUUAAAUGA